AUUCACUCUUCAUUUUUUCCUUUGUUGAUAUGGGUCGAAAGCGUAUUCAAAUCAAACCAAUCUUCGACGACCGAAGCAAACAGGUCACUUUCACCAAGCGCAAGCUGGGUCUGAUGAAGAAGGCCUACGAGCUGAGCGUCCUCUGCGAAUGCGAAAUCGCCCUCAUCAUUUUCAGCAACCAAAACCGCCUCUUCCAGUACGCCAGCCAGGACAUGGACAACAUCCUGCUCAAGUACACCGAGUACAGUGAGCCACACGAGAGCAGGACCAACGAGGAUCUCGCUGCGCAAAUUGCCAAGAAGGAAGCCCGGGCACGCGGCGACUCUUCCCUACGCGACGAUUCCGACUCGGACACCGAUGGCGAGGACGGAAUACAAUCCCUCGACCAGAAACGCGCAGCCACGGACCAGAUUCGACAAGACUUUACGCUGCAAUCCCAGCAGCAGCAGCAUCAUAGCACCAUCUCCGCCAACCGCAUCCAACAACUACAAGCCACCUCGAACGACGCCCUCCAACAACUCCACAACUUUCAACAGCAGCAGCAGCAGCAGCAGCAACAGCCUUUUUCUCUGAUUCCACCGGCUUACGUCCCGCACCCUGAAACCUUAAACGGGCAACCCAACCUUGUCUUUGCACCAGCCCCGCUCUCCGCGUCGUCCAUGCCGUUUGGCAGCGCGCUGGGAAGCGCAGGCUAUUUCCCCUCGUACAAUCUCGGAUCUGCUGAACUGGCAAAUGCACAGGCCGGGUCCACCCUGCCCCCGCACAUCAACCUAGGCGCGCCGCCAUUCUACACACCGCAGUUUGCUCAAGGUGGACCCGCGCCAGGGGCGUCUGCAACCAUGCCAACCCCUCCACUCCCUCCUCCACCUGUCACCACAGCGAAAUCGCGCGGCAAAAAGUGAUUUGCUGCGGUUGCGUUGCAGGUACGAGCGAGUACUGUCUAGAGAACAUCCUUUUUGGGCGCCCAAUCUUGUUUUUGAUGUCGGUUUUUGUUUCUUUGUUUUUGGAAAGGGGUUGAUUGUUUGUUUGUUUUUGGAAAGGGGUUGAUU